AUGUUCAUAGAGUAGAUGCAUACUCAGAAAAUGUGGGGAUGAAGCUCUCAGUAACUUAACGUUUGAAAGAUUCAAGUACUCACGUUCAGAAUCUCUCGUUUUUGGUUCUUUGGUUGCUGUGCCUUGGGCAUUUUCCUUGCCCUAAAAGCGGCUUCCCCUGCCCGGUAAGGGUAAGGGAGCUUCUCUUCCUGCUCGAUUGUGGGUUACUUUCCUAUCAUCGGGUGGGUGUAGAUACUUGAUUUUGAUUUUGUUUGAAGACAGUUUGAGCUUUAAUGAGAGAGUAUUACUUUGUAUUUGUCAUUUCUUGCUUGUUUUUCUAGUUUGGUGUUCUGAUUGCUGUGGCUGUAGUGGGUUGGAUCUCCUUGGCGCGUGGUAUUUCUAGGUGAGAUACGAGACGUUCGGCUUCUCCCUUCUUUAGGCCAGUUUUCUACGUUUUUUCUCUAUGAGAGGAGAUGAUCUUUCGUAUGAUGGUACCUACCGUUUCAACUUUGAAGGUGACCCUUAGGCUUAUUGUUGUGGACUAUAUAUGCGUUUUAUUCUCUAGGCCUGCUUUUAGAUCCUUGGCUCCCUGAAUUGUCAUAGUAUUAAGCUUUAUUGAACUCAGAUCUUUGAAGUCUUUGCAUAUUCUCUGCUCGGUAGUUAGCUACCUUCCUCGCCGUGUAUGUCUUUCGUACGGUGGAGGUACCUUGGUGGUACCUCACGUAGAUCUUUGGUAGUGGUUUCUGCAACCCAUUAUUUGCCGGGUUAGUUCUUUUCUUGGUUUAGGACCCAGGCUAGUAUUGGACUUGUUCUUUGGGCCUUGGGUUUGUUGGUUUGGCCUUGGACUAUUUGAUCUGGGUUUGUACUUGAUCUCUGGGGCUAGGAUCUGUUGGUAGUAUAGAGCUAUGCUUUUUUAGGCCUUCGAGUCUUAUAUUGGCUCAUGUACUUCGGCUCAGCCCAUGUUUCUCCUCUGUUAAUGAAAUUCUAUCUUUAGAAAAAAAAAAAAAAGAGAAAAAAAAAGAAAAGAAAAGAAGAAGAAGGCCCUCACUAACUUGGCGAAUCAAGUAGGAGUCCUAUAGAGUGGUCUUGAAUCGAAUGUAUUUUUAGCACAAACUCCCACUCGCAGGCCCAUUUGUUGGGCCCUGGCAGGAGAUUAAGCUAAUGGGCUACAAUGGUAGAUUUUCGCAUUCUAUUUCUAUGUAUGUCAUGUUUGGUGGGUCGCCAAGCCCAAUAAUUUUUCCAGCAGCCCAACCGAAGUAUUUGCUCUCUUUUGUGGCAUCCAAAUAGCGUUUCCCCACAAAGCUUGGUUGUUAAUUUGUUAUCUGCAUUAGCUGCUGCCCACUGGGCGAGAUAAUGCGCGUCUUUGCUGUGUCAAGGUACCAUACUUCUUUUCCUUGUGUCUUGCUUCAAGCUUCCACUGCCAGCACCAGCCCUUCACUCUUUCCUUCUAAAUUUCUCAAGCUUAGCUCGCAAACUACUUCUUCUGCAUCUCUGAUAUACCUUCUUUCUCAGUCCAGGCCCAGCCCCCACUGUUCCAACACAGAUCCUGAUUCAUUGGAUGAAUAUUACGACGAUGAUGAUAAUGAAUAUUACGACGAUGAUGAUGGUUACUCGUUUGUAGGUGAGGAUGGGAUUUUUAUUGAGAUAAAGAAGCUUGGAACUAACUCCAGGAGAAUUCGGUCCAAGAUUGCUGUAAACGCCAGUUUGGAUACCAUUUGGAACAUUCUGACGGAUUAUGAGAAAUUGGCUGAUUUUAUUCCUGGUCUUGCCGUUAGCAAAUUAAUUGACAAGAAAGACAAAUUCGCUCGACUUUACCAGUUCAGAACUUAUCUGUGGCGUUGCAUUCUAUAUCAGAUUGGACAGCAAAACUUGCCGUUUGGGCUGAAAUUUAAUGCCAAAGCUAUUUUGGAUUGUUUCGAGAAAGAUAUUGAGACUUUUGCUUCUGGGAAAAAGCGGGAUAUUGAAUUUAAGAUGGCUGAAGGUGACUUCCAAUUUUUCGAAGGAAAGUGGUCUAUUGAACAGGUCGAUAAACCAAGACCCGAAGACGGUGAUUUCUCACUUGCUCAAGAAUUUGAAACAACUCUUUCAUAUUUUGUGGAUGUAAAGCCUAAGUUAUGGCUGCCUGUUCACCUAGUUGAAGGCAGACUCUGCAAGGGGAUACGGACAAACCUCUCAUGUAUCCGUGAAGAAGCACAAAAAGUGAUUCACAACACUCUGAAUACUCAAUAGCGUCAUUUACUUGACCAAAUAAUUGAUGCAGUGUACCUGUAUCAGGUGUAUUUCAUUUAUGAUUUCAUCUUGUAAAUUAUGAUAGAACAAAUAAUGCAAUUUUCUUGUCAUUUCUAGUGAUAUUAGGCUCAAAUGCCCCGUUGUCAAUGAGAGAACAGGAGAUGUAAGAAAAAUCCGAGUGAAAUUACAUACAUCUACCUUGUAUGAUCUGUAGUUCAUUUAGCGGGAUUCAGGAAUAGUGAUGGUGAUGUUUUUGAGCUGAGGCA